AUGCGGAAAGUCAAAGGACGGCCUUUUCUGAAGACAUUCAUGUUUUUUGUCGUCAACAGUUUCAGGAGCUGCGGUGCUGCGACCAUGAGACCGGUAUACCACCGGACGAUGUGGAGCUUGACCAUCGCCUAUCGAGGCCGGCGGCCACAAGUCGGCCCUGACAAUAUGGCAGACAGCGUGCCGGCGAUGUAUCGCAAGCUCAAACCUGCAAUGCAGUACCGAUUUGCUUGCGUCCAAUACAAAGGGGAUUGGGAAUACCACGAAAAGUGCUGGGCACUCCAGACCUACUGGCGCACAAAGAGGAUCUGCUUCCUGUGCCAUGCUUCCUUGAACGCACGGCAUGGCACAUGCUACACUCUUUUCGGCGCCGCCUUCACGCGGAGGACCCCCGUCGACAUGAUCCUGAACUCGAUGCCUGCCCAACCCAACCCGUUGGUGCUAGUGCCAGGAUGGCACCCGCAGCUGCUCAGAUACUGCGCGAUGCACUCUCUCCAGCUGGGUAUCUACCAGAUAGUCACUGCUGAGUCUCUGUUGUGGCUUUGCCGUCAUGGUGUUUUUGGAGGCCCCCAUUUGGACAUCGACGUGCGCCUCGCGAAUGCUUAUGUCGCAUUCAAGUCGUGGAUGGCAAGCUCACGCUUGACAUGCUCAGGGCGGAUGUUCAGUUCCAAGCGCCUCCACCUCUGCAGCACCGACUAUCCAUAUCUAGGAUACAAGGCGUAUAAUACGAGAGUGGUGCUUGCUUUCGUGGCCGCGCAGUUGUGUGACAACCGUGUUCAAGACACGAUGCGGGCGUCUAUGGCUGAGACCGAUCUUGUGCUGCACGAGAUCAUUUGCACAUGUGUGUGCUCCAGCCACCAAAUUACACGAUUUCCUUGCUAUAGUGGCCAUAUAUACGAACGAAUGAAUCGAAGGGGAUGUGCAUAA